AUGCUGCUCGCAGCUCUCCUCUGGGCCUCCGUGGGGGCGGGGCUCGCCUCCACCUCCGACAGCGGCCGAUUCGCGGCGGCGAUGGGCGGCGGCCUCGGGACCUCGGUGUUGAUCACCGGCAACUCCACCCUAAUCAGCCCCAACCAAACCUUCGAGAUUGGCUUCUUCACCCUCGACGGCGGAUCUCGGUGGUACUUCGGCAUCUGGUACGCCUCCAUCCCUAUCCGCACCUACGUGUGGGUCGCCAACCGCGACUCCCCCGUCGGUGGCGGCUUCACGCCGGCGACGGUGAGGAUGACCGCCGAGGGCUUUAUGACCGUGAGGGACGACGCAGGCCGCGACCUGUGGCGGACGGACAACUCCGAGCCCGCCGGAGCGGCGAGGUUACUGGACACCGGAAACCUCGUCCUCCUCUCCGGCGACGGCGAGGGAAGGGUCGUCUGGGAGAGCUUCGACCAUCCCGCCGAUACAUGGCUGCCGGGGCUGAGCGUGUCCCGCCGCCGCAUCAUCACUUCCUGGCGGAGCCCCGUCGAUCCCUCCCGGGGGCCCUAUUCCCUCCGGCUGAAGCCGCCCAACUACGGCGAGUUCGAGCUGAUCUAUGAAAAUGGCGUUCUCUCUCCCAUCACCUACUGGUCCACAGGGAACUGGACGGGCGACCGCUUCACCGGCGUGCCGGAGAUGACGGUGCCGUACAUCUACACCUUCCGGUUCGACAAGCCCUUCACCCCCGACGCGUCUUUCGUCUAUUCCGAGGCGCCGUCGGCUUUAGUCAUCCUCCGGCCCUUCCUGACUCGCUUCGUCGUCGACUCCUCCGGGGAGCUCCGGCAGUACACCUGGUCCGCGCAGUCCUCGAGCUGGAACAUGUUCUGGUCUCGCCCUGAGGACCUCUGCGGGGUCUAUGCUCGCUGCGGAGACAUGGGCCUCUGCCGGGAGGAGGGCCUCCGGCCAUGCGACUGCCUCCCCGGCUUUGCUCCAGCGGACCCGGUCUCGUGGAACUCCGACGACUUCACCGGCGGCUGCCGCAUCGACGAGGCUGGGGGCGGCGGUGGCGGCGACGACCACUGCGGCGCCGGCGAUCUGAGGGAGAAGCCGUCGGAGCUCAAGGAGCUUGGGCCCAUGAGCUUCGACGGCGCGUCGACGGUCUCCUUCCCCAGCCCCAGCCGGGGAUCAUGCGAGGACUCCUGCCUGAGGAACUGCUCUUGCCGAGGGCUCAACUACAACCCUGAAACCAAGCGCUGCCGGAAUCUCUACGGCAACCUGUUCAAUCUCCGCAACAGCACCUCGGCCCCCACUCUGUACCUCAGGACGUCGCUCGGGGGGUCGUCUUCCUCCUCUCAAUCGGGAAGUAAGCCCAGAGGUGGGGAGUGGAAGACGGUGGCCCUCUCCGUCGGGAGCGUCUGCGUGCUCUUGGCUCUCGCAGCGGCCGCCGCCCUGGUCUGGACGCUCCUGCGGAUAGGGAAGAGAGAGACAAGGCGACCGAAGACGGCUACCGCAGCCAGAGGAGAGGAGGAGGAGGAUGAUGACAUCCCGGCGACGGCGAAUCUGCGGGUGUUCACCUACAAGGAGCUGUCGACGGCGACCAAAGAGUUCUCGGAGGAGCUGGGCCACGGGGGCUUCGGGGCGGUGUUCCGUGGGGAGCUCCCCGACUCGUCGCUGGUGGCGGUGAAGCGCCUGGAUCGCCCCGGCGGCGGCGACCGCGAGUUCCGCGCGGAGGUCCGCACCAUCGGCAGCAUCCAGCACGUCAACCUCGUCCGCCUCCGCGGCUUCUGCUCCGACGACCCCCACCGCCUACUCGUCUACGAGUACAUGCCCCGCGGUCCUCUCAGCGCCUACCUCUCCCGCAAGCGCCGCCAGCAGCCGCAGCGGGAGGAGCUGUUCCUCCGGUGGGAGGAGCGGUGGCGGGUGGCCGUCGGCACGGCGAGGGGGAUCGCGUACCUGCACGAAGAGUGCCGCGACUGCAUCGUCCACUGCGACAUCAAGCCGGAGAACAUCCUGCUGGACGGGGAUUUCACCGCCAAGGUCUCAGACUUUGGGCUGGCGAAGCUGAUCGGCAGGGACUUCAGCCGGGUGCUCGCCACCAUGCGGGGGACCUGGGGCUACGUCGCCCCGGAGUGGAUCUCCGGCGUCGCCAUCACCGCCAAGGCCGACGUCUACAGCUACGGCAUGACGCUGAUGGAGCUCAUCGGAGGGCGGCGCAACGUGGAGACGGCGGCAGCGGAGGAAGAGGAAGAGGACGGGGAGAAGUGGUUCUUCCCCCCGUGGGCGGCGCGGCAGGUGGUGGAGGGCAACGUCGCCAGCGUGGUGGAUCCGCAGCUCGCCGGAGAUUACGACGUCCGGCAGGCGGAGCGGGCGGCGCUAGUGGCGGUGUGGUGCAUCCAGGACCAGGAGACAAACCGGCCCACCAUGGGCCAGGUGGUGAAGAUCCUGGAAGGGACGGUGGAGGUGACCUCCCCGCCGCUGCCCCAGCUCUUGCAGGCGCUCGUCUCCGGCGACUCCUUCCGCCGCGCGGCCUCGCACGCCUCCACAUCUCCCGGCGACGACGACGACGACAACUAUUCCGAGGAGGACUCCGAGAUCUCUGUCGUCAACGGCCGUUGA